GUGACCCUGCAGGGAGCAGGUUAGGUUCCUGUGGAAGACCCUGAGAUAGGGCCUGUAAAAGAAGCAGGGAGGGCCCUGGAAGAAGUUGCUGCUGUCCAGGGGGAGAUGAAGCCAUGGGAAUCCUGUCAGGAAGAAAAGAACCUCCAGGGAGAAGAUCCCAUGAGAGCUCUCAGCUAAAAGAAGCAAAGAUGAGCCUUGGGGGAAUAGGGGUGGAGAGCAGCAAACUUCAGUGAAUUGUUGAUUGAGAGAAGGACAACAGGGAAGGCAUCCAGGGAUCAGCUCUCUACAACUGACCUGGAAGGACUUUAAGGUGACUGAACUGGCUGGAGGACUACGGCAUGGAAGAUGCAGACUUUAGCAGAACCAGCACAGCAGAAAUAAGGGUUGCUAGAGGAGAAGGACCCCAGCAGUGUCAUGCUCUGAAGCCAGGGGUUGACUCUGGUGACCUCUAGGGGCCAAUCAGCGCAAAUCGAAGUCAACGGCACUGACUGUGCGGGUGUUGGAUCAGGGCCCUCCAUCACUUUCAUUGCCUUUCUUGGGGCAUCAGAAGUGAACAGGUUAUUCCAGCCUGAUCAGCGGCCUUGAGGACAUCCUGCAGCAGAGUCCUCAUCUGAAAUACCUUCAGUUAUUUUGAGCUUCUCCAGGCCAUUUUUAGCAGAAUGGAAAGUCUGAGUGAGCUUCAGAACCCACUGCUGGCCAAGAGCAGCAGGCAUCUUCACGGUAGCUACUCCUACCAUCAGCAUCACCCUAGUCAUUGCUGCCAGGGGAAACUUUACAUCUUUCAAAACACUGGCAGUGCCAGGACUCACCAGCUGCUGGAUGCCAGUUCUCUGCAGUUGGCCGUUGAAGCAUUGUAUGGUCCCAACUUCAUCCUAGUGAAAGAUGAGACCAGUCUCAAGGCCAAGGACAACAAAGGGGAGAGCUGCGAGACAACCUUCAUGGAAAACAAAGAGGCCCCCUCUGAGGCUGCAGAUGGGCGAGAAAAACAAGGGCCAUGCCAGAUGGAGAGUGACAUCAGAAUCCAAACAGUGUCCUAUGAGGUGGAGGAGGAGGAAUUCCAGGAGUAUGAGAGUGACUCCUCGAGUGACAGUGAGAGUGAGGAUCAUUUCUUGACACUCCCCCCACGAGACCACCUGGGCCUGGCCAUUUUUUCAAUGCUCUGCUGCUUCUGGCCCCUGGGAAUCGCUGCCUUCUACUUCUCCCAUAGGAUGUUGGGGUUGAAUAAAGAGGCGUCAACAUUUGCUGAUGACACGAAAUCAUUCAGACCAGUAAGGCUGUCUCCAAGGGGGACUUCCACAUGGCAAGUUCAGCCUCCCGGCGGGCCCUCUUCUUUGCUGCGCUCUCCAUCACCAUCGGCACAGGGGUCUAUGUUGGUGUAAUUGUAGCACUGAUUGCUUAUCUAUCCAAAAGUGGCCAUGUAUAGCAGAGACCUUCAUGCCAAAGCUCAGCACUCUGCACCCAAAGGCCGAUGCUAGUGGGAUUCACGCUUUUGUAUGGAGCAUAGGACACAACGCUUGCAAGAGCCGCUGAGCAGCUCCAUGAGUCGAGGGAUCCAGGCUUGGAUGCGCUGUACAGGGUCUUUCCCUUUUACAUGAACAAUAGACUCCAUUCUCCUUUACACCUUGGACAACUGGCUAACAAAGUCCUGCUAGUAAAGAACUCAGCACAGCCUGAAAGUCCUGGAUUCUGAGGCUGGGAGGAGCAUGUUUCACUUAAGGAAGAAUGUGGAAGAGAUACUUUUAGUUCAUCUGCAGGGCCUGGUGCAGCCGCUUAUAGUUUUCAAAACAACAUGUUCAUGUUCUAGUCCUGCACUGUGAAUCCCACCACCUAGUGUAGCACAGCCCUGGUCUGAUUUUGAGGCACAUGGGGAAGAGAGGGCAGGGGGCAAUUAAUUCAUUGCCUGCUCUUCCUUUUAGGAGAGCGGGCUCACAGGCUGAUUGCAAGAGAGAUUGGUCAGGGCUCCUGGUGUGGGGAAAACACUUCAGUUUUAGUGCCACAGGCUGGCAACUGUCCCUUUAAUUGCCACAAACUAGGAGGACACAGUGCAGCCUAAAUAAAGAGAGAGCUCUGGGACUCAGUCUGCAGAACCUCAGCUAACAGCCCUACCACCAGGCUUUACCCUAGUCUCAUUUACCAAGCCACGGCUCAGCCCUUGGUGAUUCAGACCUAGCUCUGGAGUCAUACAUCCAUUCUAAACAAGACAACGAAAGGUCAUUGGGGUUGGUAAUUGUGUGUCAUCAUUUCAUGUGUAGAAGCUGGUUGGGAAAAGCCUCACAAGUCUUGUGUAUUAUCGUCGUCACAGUAGCACCUAGUGGCCCAACUGUUGUGCUAGGUUCUGUAAAGACACUCAGUAAGAGCUCCGGCUCCAAAGAACAUACAGUCUGUCUCAGGAACCAAAACAGACAAAGGCCGUGUGUGAAACGGAGGCACUGAGAGCUGACAAGGUCACUGAGCUCAGGGGCCACAGAACCCUAGGCCGGAGUGUUAGCCCCUAGGCUACGUACCUCACCUUUAGCUUUAGCAGUGAGCAAUGAAACACUCCAGGUACUGCCAUUUAGGCCAACACCCCAAAGAAAAUAUCCUGUUCUGCCCCCAGUGCGUCUACUUCCAGGUAAAUAACAACCCCCUCUGCCGGAACUGGCCUGAUCCCAAUAAUGCUGGUCACAGACAAAUAAGGAGGUCAACAAAAAAAACCUCUUAACUCAGCUUUGUGUAUAACCUCCAGCCAAAAAUACUGUUUGUUACUGGACAAACGCCAGAGAAGGAGAAAAUGUGUUCCAGGGUUGGAGACUGAAUGACAAGCGAUGGAGCCAAAACCCCAGGUGGGGGGCGGGAAGAAGGGUUUGUGCAAGGCUCUGUGCUGGACAGGACCCACACUGGAAAUGCCAGUGCCACUUAGCCCUGCUUACAGCCUAUUACUUAUGUGUACAGUGCCAGUAACACGCUAGGUGCUUCACAGACGGAUGUGGAGGCAAGGUCUUUGCCCCAAAGAGCUUACUGUAAAGAGACACUUUCUGCUUCAACCUGAGCUCCACUUUGUGCCUCAGACGCCACAUCUUAAACCCUCCUCAUCUUGGCCAGUCCUCACUGCACUUCUUUCCUUGCCUCCCCCCACCUCACCCCUCCUCCCUGGGGCUUCUGUGCACACUAUAGCAUAUUCUGUAAGAAACUCAGCAUGUUCCUUGAUCCGUGUAUUGUUCAUAUGUACAUUUCAUUCUAAAGCAGCAUGUUAAUAUCUGAGAUUUCUAUUGUACUUGAGCCAUAAAAGAAGGGGAAACACAAGAGAAGAGACCUGUUCAGAAGCUUCUCUGAAGGUCCCAUUAUGUUUUAUAAGAUGAAAGAGUUAAUAAAAGAGUGGGAAACGGGAAUGUAUCCUCGAUGUGGAUGUGGACAGAAUGGGGGCGCACUAUGCAAAUGGCACAAAGGUAUUUAGAUCAGUAAAACCCCAGGAUGCUUGUGAGGGAGGCUGGAGGAUGUAAUCCAGCCAGUGGCUGGGCAACACCAUGGGAUAUUACAGUUAACUUAGGUCACUGCAAAGAAAUACACUUUGGGGAAAAGAACCUAAACUUACAGCCUCUGAAUUCAUAGUAGCUUCUUAGGGGAAAGAUUCGGGAGUCCCCAUGGAGUUCAGUUUGCCCAGUGCACAGUAGAUGUUUAAAAAGUAAAGAUGCUCAAAAGAGAGAGAGAAAAUAUAAUGAUUUUGAAUAACAGUGAACUCGUCUGUGGAGUUACUAACCGGUCCCCUGGAGAGGCAGGAAACAGAGAAGCCAACAAAAAUGAUUCAAGGCCUGGCAGGACUUGAAUAAAAGAGAUGAAAGUUAGAGCAGUUCCAAGGUUUUUGUUUCCUUUUUUACCAUUCGGUAAAAUCUUACCAGUUUGACCGAUUCAUAACUCAGGGAGUGGCGUCACUUGGAUCAUAGUGAAAGAAAGUAAAUGGGAAACAAAGCGAGGGAAAUGGGCAUCUAGUUAGCCUGGGGGAGUCAAUGCCCCAUGGGGUCACCAUGCCGGAAAUCAUGGCUGGAUUUAAAAAGAUAAUUGGAUGGCCAAUAAUCACUUCUGAAGCUGUGCA